AUGUCAUACUCCACUCGUCAAAUCGGCGCGGCCAAUACGUUGGACUACAAGGUUUACAUCGAAAAAGACGGUAAAGCAAUUUCUGCGUUCCACGAUGUGCCUUUGUAUGCCAAUAAGGAAAAGACUGUUUUGAACAUGAUUGUUGAAGUGCCACGUUGGACAAACGCCAAAUUGGAGAUUUCUAAGGAAGACUCCUUGAACCCAAUCAUUCAAGACACGAAGAAAGGAAAAUUGAGAUUUGUGCGCAAUUGCUUCCCCCACCAUGGCUACAUUCACAACUAUGGAGCAUUUCCACAGACAUGGGAAGAUCCACAUCAGACCCACCCUGAGACAAAAGCCAAGGGCGACAACGACCCUUUGGAUGUUUGUGAGAUUGGAGAACAAGUAGCAACUGUCGGUCAAAUCAAACAAGUUAAGGUCUUGGGUGUUAUGGCAUUGUUGGAUGAAGGUGAGACUGAUUGGAAAGUUAUUGUAAUUGAUAUCAAUGACCCAUUGGCUCCUAAAUUGAAUGACAUCGAGGAUGUCGAGACUCAUUUGCCAGGUUUGUUGAGAGCAACGAACGAAUGGUUCAGGAUUUAUAAAAUCCCAGAUGGAAAGCCUGAAAACCAAUUUGCAUUCUCUGGUGAGUGCAAGAAUAAGAAGUAUGCGAACGAGGUGAUUGUCGAAUGUGCUGAAGCCUGGGAAAGAUUGGUCAAGGGUGCGUCAGAUGCUGGUGAUAUCAGCUUGACCAACGCCACUUUGUCUUCAUUGCCUAACUUUGUUGAAGCUGCUGAUGUUCCAUCUGCUUCGCCUCAGCCACCUGCCCCUAUUGACAAGUCCAUCGACAAGUGGUUCUUCAUCUCUGGUGCUCAUUGA